AUGGCAUUAUAUCUUUCUGUUCAAGAACAAAAUGAUUUAGCAGAUAAUAUUUGGUUAAAUACAAGUACUGGAUCUGAUUAUAUUGCACAAAGUGUUGAUGAAUUCCGUUUGGUUAAAAAGUUAAAGCAAUCUAAAAUCAAUUUAUGGAUUAAAUUAAUAUGUAUUACUUUUUGUUUUCUUCUAAUUCUCUUACUUAUACUUACACUUAUACUUAUUCUUAAUCAAAAAUAA